AUGGAGGCCGCUCCAUUCGACCUCGAUUUGGAUCUCAUUCUGAGGAGCACGGAUGACACAAAUGUUAUUCUAGCCGGCGGCGGCUCUGCAGACCUCUGGGAUCCAUUCUUGUUCGAUGGAGCUACUGUGCUCACUGAGAGCAACAAUACAGAACAGAAUGGCUUAAGUGCGCCGAAUCUCAGUGAUCCGGACUGCUUACUUAAUAGUAUGUGCUUGCAGCUGGAUGCGCAAGAGGAUCUGGUAGCAGGAGUUAAAGAGUUUAAAGCCGUUGCAAUCGAUUUCUGUGAGGAUGCUAGGAUAUUUCAUGGGGAUGAGUCAGGCAGUGCUGUAGAUAACUCAAAGGAGAUUUUCUCGUGGACAACUGCAACAACGCCUCUUUCAAACAGCGGAAGCAGCUCGGUGGUUUCGCCGCCGCCGCCGCCACCGCAAAGCAUAUACGAACGCACUGACCUGCUUCAGGCAUUGGCCGUAAGUAAUGAAAUAUUUGGCGAAAGCUACGAAUCAACUUUUUUGCCGGUACCACGCCCCGAACGAGAGUGCGUUCUGCGGGCAGUUUCCUGUACUCCGUCAAUCACUUCUUUGCGUAAGCCGAACAGAUUUACAACUGUUGGUAUGCAGGGACUAAUCAGAUCACCUGGUGUACGAGUUCUGGAAGCAGAAAAACGAAAGUUCCAACCGCUUGUAUUAACUGAUGAAGAAAUGAAGUUGUGUAAAAAGGAGGGAAUUCGGCUUCCCGAAUUUUAUCCCUUGACGAGAAAUGAAGAACGGGAAUUGAAACGCAUACGCCGAAAAAUCCGAAAUAAGCAUUCAGCUCAGACUAGCCGCAAGAAAAAGCAGGAUUAUAUCGAAGCACUGGAGAUUCGUGUUGAGAAUUGCAGCCAGGAGAAUGAAGAACUCAAAAAGCAGGUAACUUUGGACCUUCAUAUUAUUUGUAAAAAAGGAAAUGCGGUGUGUUCACGGCAACCGGCAAAGAAUGAGCAGCAGCAGCAGCAGUCAAGAGAGCACACUGGAUUUCGGAGUAAUUACAGCACAAUGGACUACAUUACUGCUCUUAACAAGUUGCAGGAACACUUGUAUCAGCUUCCUCUCUGUCUCUUAUUCGUCGAUUACGAAAAAGCAUUCGACAGCGUAGAGCUGGUUGUUCUGCUACGAUCUCAUGUAUAG